AUGCCUAGGAUCUGCUCGGAUCAUUCCCCUCUUUUGGGUUUUGAUUUUGAUAGUCCAAGGCCGAAGAGGGCUCCUUUUAGAAUUCAGAAGAUGUGGUUUUCUCAUCCUUCCUUUUUGGAUUUCGUUAAAGACAAUUGGAGUGUUAGGUUGGAUGGUGCUCCUCCUUUUGUUUUUACCUCUAAGUUGAAGAGAUUGAAGGAUGCUUUGAAGAUUUGGAAUAGAAUGGUUGCUGAUGCCAGGAAAGCUGUUGAUGAUGUGCGUUCUGAGCUGGCCACUAUGCUCAAACACAAAUCGAGAACUAAUUGGUUGGAAGAUGGUGAUCAAAACACUCGUUUUUUUCACAAUUCCAUUCGAAUGAGGAGGAGCCAAAACACAAUUUCCGAACUGAAGGUUUCUACUAACUCUACUUUGUUUUUGCAGGAUGAAAUAAAAGAUUAUAUUGUUGAUCACUAUCGUGCAAAGUUCAAUGGUGGAGCUGUUAAUAUCGAUCCGAGCUUGUUUGAUUAUGAGCAUGAGAGCAUCUCAGCUGUUGAGAGUGUUUUUAUGGAUGCUAUUCCAUCCUUGGAGGAAGUUAAAGAAGCGGUUUUUGAUCUGGGAGCGGAUUCUGCACCUGGCCCUGAUGGAUUUACAUGUUCUUUCUUUCGAAUCUGUUGGAACAUUAUCUCUAUAGAUCUUUUUAAUGCUAUUGCUAACUGUUGGGCAAUGAAGAAAAUUCCUAAUGGCAUUAACUCUAGUUUUAUUGUUCUAAUCCCAAAAAAUAAUAAGUCUGAUGCUAUUAAGGAUUAUAGGCCAAUCGGUUUAAGCAACUUCUUCUUCAAAAUCAUUACAAAGAUUAUGGCGACCAGGCUUGGCACGGUGUUGAAUAAGUUGAUUUCUGAAGAACAAGUGGCGUUCAUGAAAGGAAGAAAUAUUCAUGAGAACAUAGCCUUGGCCUCGGAACUGAUCAAUGAGAUUAGUGUUGAAAGGAAGCAUGAUGUUUUGAGCCGCAAUCUAUCAAAGUUGUUUGCUGCUAGAAGUAUGCAUCACAUGGUGAGUAAGAAAGGCGUGGCUCCAACUCACUUACUCUUUGCGGAUGAUAUUCUUAUUUUCUGUAAAGGCAAUCUUCAUAGUCUGCAGAAUUUGAAGGAGAUGCUUGGCAUGUAUCAACGUGCUUCCGGGCAAUAUGUUAGUUAUGCCAAAAGCAAAUUCUAUUUUGGGGGUGAUAGACAUUCUCGUGCUGUUGCUAUUGCGAACUUCAUGGGCAUGGAGAGCGCGCUAUUCCCGGAUAAGUUAGUUUUGAUCAAAUCAGUUAUCUCUAGUUAUUUGCUUCAUUCCAUGGCUGUGUAUAAAUGGCCUUGCACGGCCAUCAAGACGGUGGAGAGGGCCAUCCGCAAUUUUUUGUGGUCUGGUGAUGCUGAGAAGCGCAAAUAUUACACGGUCCUUUAUGAAGAUUUAUGUCGUUCUAGGCGUAAAGGUGGGCUUGGGCUAAAGAAGCUGAAUGAUGUUAAUAGGGCCAUGCUUAUGAAGUUGUGGGUUUCGAUUCGUGACUCUAAUAAGACUUGGGCAAGAUUCUUGAAGGCAAAAUAUUUCAAGUCGGCCAAGGCUGCCAUACGUGGGCCUGUUGAAGUGUCACCAGCUGCAGCUCUUUUCUCUAGAAGUGUUGUGCAUCCUACUUUGAGUGUUCAGGAAGAUUGCGAAGAUGUUAGCUAUAUCACUUGGCAUUGCAAACUGGCAAAGAGGAUUUGGAAUUGGGCAGCUGCUAUUUUUAAGCUUCAACCAAACGAGGAUCUCGUGGCAUCUUACAAGGUGGCAAAGGGUCGGAGUAGAAUGAUAAAAGACCUUUGGCUUGUUGCUAAUCUGGCAAUAGUCACGGAGCUGUGGAAGUUACGUAACAAAGCUUAUUUUGAGAACAUGCGGGUUCGUUGGCUGGAAUUUAAAGGUAGAGUUCAUCAGCAUAGAUCUUGCGAUCACUCUGAUCCAAUUGAGGUAACUUGGUCGCCACCAAAUCCUGGUGAACUUAUGAUCUGUUGUGAUGGUGCGUCACUUGACAACCCGGGGCAAGCUGGUUCUGGUGUUGUUUUCCGUGAUUCCAAUUCGGCAGUCUUGGGAGUUUUAUGCGUUGGCCUGGGUUGGCAGACUAACUUCUAUGCUGAACUAGAAUCGGGCCCUCACAGUUCAAAUGCCUUGUGUUAUCAUCCUUUUCGUCCAGUAGAUGCUUAUUAG